GCUAGAGGCGAAUUUCAAAACAUCAACUCCAGCAAAUGCAUUCUGCGUACGACAGGCACUACAAUGGACGAUAAAGCCAAAGAAUUUCUGGCUAAUGUGGAAGGCAAAAUCGUGCCAGUAACAUGUCACGAUGAUGUCUUGCGGAUCGCAUACAUUUAUAUUAAUCAGGAGCUGUGGGACGGCCAGGGCGUGUUCGAUGUUGUGGAGAAGCUGCAUGCGCAUGGCUGGUCUUUUGGUGAGGACGAGCUCCGCUUCAAUCGUACCUUGGAUAUAUUUUAUCUCGCCCAGAUCGCAGCAGCCUACUACCACUGGACCGACCAAUUAAAUGGAGACGACCCUCUGACCUUCUCAGACUUCGACGCCUUCUACACUAAGUACCAUGCCCUCCUGAAUCCCACAGUCUGGCGCUCCUACUACUCCACCGCAUUCCUUACCCAACCUAACACAGCACGCUUCUACCGCAUGCCCGACCUCCAGGAUCUUCCGGACUCGUCCUCCCCACUGUGUCUGCCGCGUGAUAGUCCGGUAUCCGAACACGUCCUAAAGCUGCCCCGCUGGGCUUAUACUGUGGUGCGGACUUGCUCCAGGCAACCGUUCCUUUCAUUUGACACGAUUACUGAAAUAGCCCUCUGCACACUUGACACAGUCUUGACACGCCUACACGCGGCCUACCCUAGCACACUCCCCUUUUCGGAACCACAUGCGCGCUUCUGGCUAGACGAGUACUACAAACCUCCCAUCGCAGAAUCGGAACAAGAAGCGUUGUCCACGAACACCAACACCCAGCUGGAGGGAGAGGAGAAGAUCCCUUUAUCUUCAAGCCCCACAUCUGACCCAUCGCCUCGCAAGGACAACCGCGAAGCAUGGGGGCCCCAUCACUUUGGGCUCAAUGUCGCGUCGGGAUUGUAUGAUAUACACAGUUUGGAAGCACAGUACCUCGCACAGGUUUCUAUGGGUAAGGUUGUCGAACCAGAACCUAGCAAGCCGGUGUUUUUCUGGUGUGGGAUACCGGACGGAGGGACUGCAGAUCAAGCAUUGCAGAGGGGGUGGCAGGAAGAGAUUGGAAGUGAGGAGGAGGUCGAGUUCCUAGCCGCUGUUGCGAUUGAGGAGACAGCCGGACUAGGAGCUGGGGCAAUCAAGGUGGAUGAGUUGGACUGUUCAAUCCGGUCACAUAUCCUACUAGCGGUCAUGCAGGCUGCGCUAGUAGAGAACAUGCAAGAGCGAGAGCGUUUCUUGGGAAAGCUGGAGAGGCGGAUGGUACAAAAGGGGAGGAUUGGUGAGGAAAGAGCAGGGAGGCAGCUAAAGUACCAAGAGUACUUACAAUGCGCACGCCUUGAGAAGAUCUUGAUGAUGCCAACCACAGAGUUGGAUCUCGAAGAACUCCAUAGCCAAGACAGGAACACAACAUGGUUUGGAAUCGAUAGAUUCCAGGACGAUGGGCCCUUCUUGCAGGACUUUGAUACCUUCAAGCAACUGAUAAAGAACUCGCCAAACCCGGACCAGAUUAGGUAUCCACAACUCGUGUCCUUUAUUGGCGAGACUAGCGCCGGGAAGAGUACUCUGAUCAAGAUGUUGAUCGAGUACGACCAAGCGAAAUACGAAGCCAACAAGUCCAUGUUUAAAGCACCAGUCCCAGGAAGCCCGCUCCACGAUUCCACACCCACUUCUGCAGAUGUUCAUCUAUACGUUGAUCCCGCUACUUGGGAAGAAGAGAGACCAAUAUUCUACGCGGACUGCGAAGGCCUGAAUGCAGGAGAGCGCAUCCCAAUCGGGGCUCAUUCCCGGAGACAGACGAAGACAGAUACUUCUCGGAAAUUGGGCUUACGAGCACGUUCACUAGAAUGGGCAACGUCAGACCAGACACGAACUCGUCAAUAUGCCGUUACUCAGCUCUAUCCUCGCCUUCUUUAUACGUUCUCCGAUGUCGUCGUUUUCGUGCUGAACAACCCGAAGACGUUCGAGCACAACGUACUUCCAAAGCUGCUCGACUGGGCGUCGUCCUCGCUCGAAGCUAGUACAAAUCAAGGUACACUUCCUCACGCCAUCAUCGCACUCAACUUCUCAAACACACGCAUCCCAUCCAACCUGUGGACGAGUCGAGAUGCAACGAAUAACUUGCUCGAGAAUAAUGACCACUUGAUAAAUCCAGCAUACAGUAGCGCUCAAGUCACAAAGCUUGUAGAGAAAUGGAGGAAAAGAAAUAGGCCCAUCAGAAGUCUUCGCGAUCUUCUUCACUGCUACUACGCUUCGUUCCAAGUAGUGCGUCUCCCGGAAGCCAAGGAUAUGCCUCGUCUCUCGAAACAAGUAUCACAACUGCACGACACCAUUGUGGAAACAUGCAAAGCAUCGUAUCUGAAUAAGCAGAAAGUUGGCCUUCUAUCAUCAGCCGAGGAUCUGAGCUUUUAUAUCCAGAAAGCAUUCACACAUUUCUCAAAAGACCUAAACCAUCCAUUUGACUUCAAGAGUUAUUCCUUGAUUCGGAAUCCGAUACCUCAGAACCUGGGUGGCCACAUUCUUCGCGUUGCUAUCGUGAUGCAGCGGCAGUAUCCAAAUAGAACAGGAGAAUGGAUAUUCGAGAACUUGAGUUUCAUGGUGGCUUCUUGCUUCCUCUAUGACUGCGCAACCUACAGAAAGGGAAAACCACACGACCUGUUCGCAAACUAUCAGCCAAACUUCGAAGAUGCUCUAGUAGAGUUUUGCUCCUCACAUUGGCCCUGCGAAUUCUCCCACGCUAAGAGGGGACGAUGUGUCAACGUGAGCAAGAGUCAUGAAAAGGGUCACCAGACUGGUAACCGAGGCAAGGUAACACAUGGUCACUACAUGUCCAGCUUCACUGUGGAAAAUUACAAGAACGUAUGGCUAAACUCGCUCAAGACCAGAUUGCAUGAUGUGCAAGAGGAGUUAGAGCGUAAGGAAGACAGCUCAGAGGAGACUGGUCCCUUGAGUCCUAUUCGAAGACUGCAUGCCCGCAACAUAUCGAGUUUCUACCGUGCCGUCGGUGGCGCGUCAAAGUUCAAUAGUCACUCUACGUGUCUAUGCUGUCUCAUGCGGUCUCCCGAACAUGUCCUUCGAUGUGGUCAUGUCCUCUGUACUGAAUGUGUCAAAGCAUUCGGCACAGUCAGGAAUUGCACCAUGGAGAUGAAAGAAUGUCCCUUGCACAUCGAUGAUUGCAAUUGGAGAAGUCCCUGGAGGAUUCGGAUGAAGCCUGAUUUUGCAGGUGUUCGUAUUCUGUCACUCGAUGGGGGAGGUAUCCGUGGAAUCGCAGAGCUUGAGGUUCUCUGCCAGAUCCAACAAAAGCUAGGCGUCAAUAUUCCAAUCAGUGCUUUCUUUGAUCUCAUUGUUGGGACAAGUACCGGUGGAAUCAUUGCACUGGCUCUUGCUGUAAAGCAAUGGUCUGUUGAUAAGUGCAUUGAGGAGUUCAAGCGUCUCGUCAAGGAAGCGUUCUCGCCACGGGAAUUCCAUGGCAUCGCCCCCCUCCAAUACAUCGCUACUAUUCAUCACGGCAGCACCUGGAAGACUACUCCGUUCCACGAAGCUUUGCGCGAGUCACUUGGAGAUGGAUAUCUAUUUGGCGGGGCCGAGAGCUCAGACAAUGUAGCUCGGGUAGCCGUGACAACCACAGACGAAGUGGCCACCAGAGGCAUUGUGAUCGCGAAUUACUGCCGGAGAGGUCCUAAAGACGACAAGCAGAGUUACGAGUUCUUGAGACCCAGCGAGCCAGAUGCUGAGAUGAGAACAUGGCAUGCUGGAGCAGCAACUGCUGCUGCUACCCCAUUCUUCAAGCCAUUCGUUCAUCCGUUCACGGGAGAGACCUAUCUUGAUGGAGCGUUCUACAAUAACAACCCAGUAAAGGUGGGAAAUCGAGAGCGGCAACUACUAUGGCCAGAUGUUCAAGAUAAUCAUCCGGAUAUAUUGCUAUCUAUCGGCACAUCGCAGCAUCAACAGGCUAUGGUAGACAGGUCCCGCUCGGAGAGGUUCAACAUGCAGCGCGAUAUCAGCCCGUCGCUUAGUCAUGGCAAAGUCAAAGCUAAGGUUAAACACUUUGCUGGUAUGUUCCAAUUGGGCAAGGCAGCGAUCAACAAGUUGGGAGACUCAAUACACUGCGAGCGUCAGUGGGAACAGUUCUUGGACGGGAUGGAGCGAAGCACUGCUCAUAGUGAAGAUUCUCGCCGCUACGUUCGCAUAAAUCCAGAUAUUGGUCGAACACCGCCACGGCUGGAUGACGUAAUCGAGGUUGAUCGACUCCAAUCAGAUGUUUCUCGAUAUCUUAAAGGGCCUGAAGCCAUGGCUGAUAUCGAGGAUGUUGUCUUCCGCUUGGUCGCCAGCAGCUUCUAUUUUGAACGAACGCACGCGACAAGAGAUAUGUCUCAGGGAUCCGCCAAAGUGAAAGGUAGGCUACGAUGUCGCUUCGAAGAAUCAUCAGACUGGGCAAAGGAGAUGGGUUUGUUCUUCAAAAAGCAUCAGAGAGCAGACUUUCAGCCGUACUUCGAUACCUGGGAUGGCAAUCAACAGCAUGGAAGAGACAAGAUCAAUCUGGACUCCUCGCGCAUUGAGAGAAUGGCCAGCCAUGGUGCACUUGACAUUCAAGAGGUUGAGCUGACAGUAGCAACAUCUGAGAGAGAUGCGGACAUCAGACUCCAUCUCCACACUUCAACAGGUCGGACCAAAGGCUAUUCGAUCAGCGGCUUCCCUCGCGAUUUCUUCAGGGAAAUUGACCGCGUUGAAGUAGACAACGAGGUAGAAGGAUCGCCCAAGGAUAGCAUAUCGAAACCUGUGAGCCUUCCAGGCAUCCCAUCAAUCAACGUGUUGAGUGGGAAGGGAUCGACGUUGCUAAGACCCGGAGCGCCAGGCAGCACCUCGGAGCAGAACCUCUGUACACAACCGCAUGUCUUGAACGAAGAAGAUCGGCGCAAAUCAGAUGACGUUCUAUCUCGAGCUACGCCCGAGAAGGUCUCCAGAGAUUUGAGUUUGAAAGAGAAAUUAUCAAGCCUGAGUCUUCGCGGCGAGGAGCGGCGAUCCCACUGGAUUGGAUCAUCCAAGGGCAUACGGCGUGAUAAGUCUCCUCUCACCCAGGAACAUGAACAACAAGUAUUGCCCAAUUCGCUACAACAUCGUAAGACCUUUGGCACAAAGUCCCCACCUGAACAGCCACAAGGACAACGCAAUAUGGCCAGUCCACCUUCUACGCCUCGAGAAACAGCUCAACGCAACGGAGGCUAUGACAUACCAUAUACAACUCCAGACACAGAUCUGCUCUCUCCCUUACCCAGCUCGAUUCCACGGAUGACUAUGCCACCAGCGAACCCAACGCCUUUGCCCAUGAGUAAUCCCCAGUGGCAAUCGACAAAUCCUUGGUCGCAAUCAGUACACCCUACACACACAUCGCAGCCGCAACUGGCACCUGGGACUAUCCCACUCAAUUCCCAGUGGCAACCAACACAUCCCACACACACAUUGCAGUCACCUCUAGUACCUGCGACCAUUCCAGUAGACUUCACUAGUACCGCUGCUCCCUCGAGUACUUACGAGUUCUAUUCUGCCGAUAACGUCUACUUGUCGCCUCAUACCGCAGGCACCCAAUCACGGACCACUCGCACUACUUCUGUUUUUAACAACACCCUCCCCACUCGCGCUCAGCCAACUCAUACAGCCACUCAACAUCCCCCCUUGAACGACCCCUAUCAAUCGCCACUGUACAAAGAUGAUCACAAGGCGGAUCUGGAACUCGAAUUCGCGUUACAGAUCAGUCUUGCGGAUCAGGAAGAAGAAGAGCGAGAAGAGCAGAGAAGACUGACUAGAGCUUUAGAAGAGAGUCAAAGAGAAGCGUAUUGCGACCAUUUCUUCUGGUGGCCAAUCUGUCGCUUCUUCCAGCAAAACGUCUAUCCACUAUCCUUCCUUUCCAUCUUCCUCCUGCGAUACAUCCGAGUUGUCAUUAGUCUGUACGGCACAUAUAGAUACCGGCCCACACCAAUACCUCUAUCGCCGACCUACCACACCACCGAUGUUACAGUCAUCAUCCCUACAACGGACCUCAUGUCCUCGACACUCCGCCACGUCAUCCGCACGAUCCUCUCCCAGAACAUCCCUAAACUCAUCAUCGCCACCGCCGGAAUAGAAGCCGCAGAACAAUCCAACGCAUCCAGAGCCUUGUUCCCAGAAGAUGGCCAGCGCAUCAUCCUCUCCCACCGCCUCAAAGCCUCGCGUCGCGAACAAACCGCCCAAGCCCUCAAACAAGUCUCAUCGCGUCUCGUAAUACUGCAAGACGACCACACAUACUGGCCCGCGUCACCCGUAUUCGUCGCCUCCGUGCUCGCGCCCUUUGAAGACGUGCACGUCGGUGCCGUAAGCGCAGACUUACGAGCCCGGCACCACGCCCACCCAGCAUGUUCUUUGCGCGGAUUCUGGAAUUUCAUGGGCAUGGCGUACCUGGCGCGUCGCUCGUACGAGUACCGCGGCACAUACGGUAUCGACCGUGGUCUAUCCACUUUGCCCGGUCGCUUCGGCGUCUUCCGCACCGCCAUCUACGCUUCUCCGCUGUUCCUCGAGGCCUAUCUCAACGAGCGGUUACCGUUUAUGCAAGAGCCGCUCAACGCAGAUGACGACAAGUUCCACACGCGCUGGCUGUCUGAUGACAACGGAAUUGGGGGAGUGGCCCAGGUUCUUGGGCCAGGUGUUGAGGUGGACACGCACGACUUGGCGGAGCAAUCCAGCGCAGUUGAUGGAUAG